AUGUUUGACGAACCACGUAGAUGGCCUGAUCUUGUUGGUAAAAAUGGCAAUGAAGCCGUUGAAAUAAUUAAAAGAGAAACUGGUUUUACGCAAGUUCAUAUAGUACAACCAAAUUCAAUGGUUACUAUGGAUUAUCGACUAGAUCGGGUUCGAGUUCAUGUUGAUGAACAAGGCAAAAAAACAUUUGGCUUAGAUUUUAUAUUUAAUCAUCUCGAUCGUUGA